GUUUGGGAAUGUUUAGUAAUCCGUAAUAUUUAAUCUUACGGGUUCCUGUCUGGUUUGUAGGAUGAGGGUAUGAAUUCCACUCAAACUUCCCAGGACCUCGGUUAUGCUCUUGCAUGAAACAGUUAAUUCACCGGUAGAUCCAGACACUUAUGUGGAAGUGAAACCGGAGCACACAUUGCCUCAUUUCCUUAUUUUCUUGUUUUGUUGCUGCGGUGCCUUCCUUAUAAGUUCCCACUGAGACGCUGCGUUCCUGAAGCAUUGAGUUUGUGAUGCUGGAAAUUUAUUGACUUCUAUUUGAAGUUUGUGGAAUUUGUAGAUGCAACAGAGGAUAUACAAAGGCAACAUUUGGUUUUUGAAGCAAUGUGUACCCCUCGUUCUCUUCUCUUAACAUGGGUCAUCAUCCUAUGUUAUUUUAUGAUGGGACCAUACCACUGCGUGGCCUCCCAGAAGAAGACAUCCUGCCACGUGCAAGAUGGCAGAGCUGACUGCAGCCACCUCAGCCUCAGCGCAGUCCCUCCAAACCUUCCCAGGAACAUCACAAGCCUAGAUAUGUCUCACAACAGAUUAUUGAAGAUUCCCCCUGUGUCACUAAAGCCAUACUCAGGACUCCUCCACCUUAAUGUCAGUUACAACAGUAUCACAAAGCUGGACGAGGAUUUGUGCCAGACACUACCCCUGCUUCAGGCACUGAACGUGGAACACAACGAAGUGCAUUUGCUGAAGGAGGAGGAUCUGAGCCACUGCACCGCUCUAGCACAGUUGAAUAUGGCUAGUAAUAGGCUAAAGCUUCGAGGAGAACCCUUCUCUGCUCUACAGAACUUGAAAUAUCUUGAUGUUUCCAUAAACAAACUGCCAUCAGCCAAGCUCGGCUCUCAGCCUCAGCUGCCCAGCCUGGUGAACCUCAAUCUGGGAUUCAAUGACUUUGCCACUCUGAAGAAAGAUGACUUUUUUUUCCUUAACCAUUCGUCCUUUCUACAAGUCCUCAAUCUCUCAUCUGUGCCUCUAAAAACAUUCGAGCCUGGUUGCCUUAAGCCCAUUUCAGGCCUACGUACUUUAAUCAUGGAUGGGAGUAAUAUCGGCACCCUGGUUAUUUCCAACCUCUGCUCAGAGCUGUCAACAACAUCCAUUGAUGCCCUGUCUCUUCGGAAGAUGCAUCUGGUCACACUCACAAACACAACCUUUACAGGACUGCAGAAAACAAAUCUAAGUUUUUUGGAUCUGUCACAUAAUGGCAUGGGUAAAAUUGAGGAAGGCUCGUUUCAGUGGCUGCCCAGACUUCAGACUCUAAUUUUGGUCAAUAACAACAUCAAGCAUCUGACCAAGAACACAUUUCAGGGGCUCAAAAAUUUGAAGAAACUCCAUUUAACAAAAGCUCUGGUGAAAAGUCGUACCUCCUCCACCCCCAUUAUAGAUGAUUUCUCUUUCCAACCAUUAAGCGCCCUGGAGAGUUUAAUGUUACAGGACACUGCAGUUCGGGAAAUCACAGAGCACACCUUUACAGGCUUGACAAGUCUUAAAGAACUUGAUAUGAGCUGGAGUAGUUAUACAUCGCUCAGAAACAUCAACACCAAGACCUUCGCCUCACUUGCAGAUUCACCUCUCAGAAAGCUAAAUCUGAUAGGAACAGCUAUAACACAGAUUCAUCCUGGAAGCUUCUUUGCUUUGAGAAACCUCACCACUCUUCUUCUAGAUUAUAAUUUUAUUGCGCAAACUCUCACUGGCAAAGAGUUUGAAGGCCUGGGACAGAUUGAAGAGAUUCACAUGAACAAUAACCACCAGAAAAUAAUAUUAAUCUCCACUUCAUUUGUUAAUGUACCCAAUCUUAGGGUCCUGACUUUGGGAAAAAGUCUUAACAUCUCAGCUUCAAAACUAGAUGUGGAUCCCUCUCCAUUCAAGCCUCUGUCCAACCUCACCUUCCUGGAUCUCAGUAACAACAACAUUGCUAACAUCAGAGCCAGUAUGCUGGAGGAGCUUGCGAACCUGAAGGUGCUAAAGCUUCAACAUAACAACUUAGCCCGUUUGUGGAAGAGUGCCAACCUAGGUGGGCCAGUGUUGUUUCUCAAAGGGGCACAGAACCUGGUGACCUUACAGAUGGAUAGUAAUGGGCUGGAUGAGAUCCCACAGGGGGCUCUGAGAGGUUUGAGGAACCUCAGUGAACUAAGCCUCUCAAACAAUCUCCUAAAUAGUCUUAAGGGUUCAGUUUUUGACGAUCUGAAAUCAUUGCGAAUUUUACGUUUACAGAAGAACCUGAUCACAUCUGUGAGGCAGGAAGUGUUCAAAACACCUCUGAACAACCUCAGCCUUCUUGUCAUGGACAAAAACCCAUUUGACUGCACAUGUGAGAGCAUCCUGUGGUUUGUGACAUGGUUGAAUAACACAAACACAACCAAUGUGCCAGAUCUCAGGGACCAGUAUAUGUGCAACACUCCACUUGCAUACUUUAAUCACUCAAUCAUGGACUUUGACACCCUCUCUUGCAAAGAUAUGACCCCAUUUAAGGCUCUUUACAUACUGAGCAGCACAGCUGUCAUGAUGCUGAUUGUGUCUGCUCUUCUGGUGCGGUUCCACGGCUGGAGAAUUCAGUUUUAUUGGAACAUACUGAUCAAUCGCACAUUAGGAUUUAGUGACGCCUCAGUUGAAGAGGGCAGGGGAUUUGAGUAUGAUGCCUACAUUGUACAUGCAGAGGAAGACAACAGAUGGGUGGAGAGGAUGAUACUCCCCUUAGAGAAUGAAAACUGCACGUUUUAUUUGGAGGACAGAGAUGCAGUGCCUGGAAUGUCACAGCUUGACUCCAUCGUGGAUAAUAUGAGAAAGUCUAGGAAAAUCUUGUUUGUCGUCACUGAAAGUCUUCUCAACGAUCCCUGGUGUAGACGAUUUAAAGCCCAUCAUGCACUUCACCAGGUCAUCGAAGCCAGCAGAGACUCAGUGAUUCUGGUCUUCCUGCAAGAUGUGCACGACUACAAGUUAUCUCGCUCACUCUUCCUACGCAGGGGCAUGUUGCGCCCUAGGUGCAUCCUGGAAUGGCAUGGCCAUAAGGAGAGGGUGCCGGCCUUUCAUCAGAAGCUCCUCAUAGCACUUGGCAUGACCAAUCGAUUAAUGGAGUGACUGUUUUUCAUUGUUAAUAAUGGAAAAUUUUGAGGUCCUGCACACUCUAGACCAGGUUUUCAUAAAGGAUAUCUCUGUACUUUGCUCCAUUCAGCUUUCCCUCAACUUUAACCAGUCUCCCUGUCCCUGCCACCCAUCAUCCCUUAUGCACACUGUUUUGUGCCUCGACAUAGUCCUGUCUCUGAACUCUGCAGGCAGUUCCUUUGACCUUGUGGCUUGAUUUUUGCUGAUAUGCAUUGUCAGCUGUGAGAUCUAUGUGUGUCUCACCAAAUCAUGUCCAUUUAAUGGAAUUUACCUGAGGUGGUCUCCAGUCAAAGCAUAGAGACAUUUAAAAAAUGAGGCACCUGAGCUAAAUUUCAUUUUCCAAUUUCCAUUUUUCAAGGGGUUAAAUUCUAGUGUCAACGUGAUAUUUCAGUUUUUCCUCCGAUUUUUCUCUGAUAAAUUUUCAAAAAAAAUUCUGAUGAUGUAGUCUUUUAAUAAAGUGUUUGCUAAAGGGUUGGCUUUGACAGUGACAGUGAAUAAAAGCUAAAUUAAAGUUGUGAUUGUGAUUUGAAUCUAUUUUGAGUACAUCAAUACUGAAUCUUCAGCGUCAGACACAUGAAAUGUUAUGUCAUUCUGACAUCUAGUGGUUGUGGUAAGAAACUACAGUAUUUUUUGUGCUUCGAAAACAGCACAGACCUUCAAUUGGUGAUAAGACCGUAUGCAUAUUACGAAGUAAAACGUUGUUACACUUGGUAAUGAUUGCCAUAAUGAACGGUGAGUUUGUGAAUAAUUAAUACAAUAAUAAUACAACAAUAAUAAUAAAAUAAUUUUAAGUUACACAUUGCACAGUUAUAGAGCUUGAAAUGAAGCCAUAUUUAAGGAACUCCAGGUCAAGAUGUAACCUCAGACCAUGGAGUAGUCUAUCCCACAUUUGUGUAUUUCAAAAUCUGUUGUGAUUUAUAUCCAAGCUUUUCAGUAAUAGUGAGUAACUUGUCUUGAAAAGCUCUGACAUUGUAUGUGCUUUUGUUUUCUUUGACAAAGCUUCAAGUUGACUGAAUCUGUAAGAUACAGAACAGAUUAAGGUGAGACCAAAAUGUAUUUAAUAACUUUUGUGAAGUAUACUGUAUAAAGUUCAGCGCAGGAGUCAUAGCCAAGAUUUUGGAAAUACUGAGCCAAGAUUUUGGAGAACUUAUAAAGACACAUUUUCAGAAAUGUCAUAUCUCAAUGCUUGGUUUCAGAAGUGGAAAUGACACAAUGAAUAUACACAUGCUGUUCUUUGGAUAAUAUAAAACUGAGUAGUAAAACAAAAAAAGAAAUGCUAUGUAAA